UGCUCAGCAGUUUGACACUUGGACUCGGACGAUAAAUAUGGCAAAAGUGGGUUUCCUCUGAUUUUAUUCGUCUCCUGCUGUGUUUCCUCCGCAAUUGUGACCAUGUCCCUCACCGGAAAUUACGACCAGAAGUCCCAGCCGACCUGCCACUGCUGCUUCCGCUUUCUGCGCUGGAUCCCCGUACUGUUCAUCCUGGCCGUCAUCUGCUGGUCGUACUUCGCGUACGUCGUGCAGCUCUGCUUCCUCAGCGUGACCUCCGUGGCGGAGCGCAUCGUGCUGCUGCUCCUCUUCCACCUCUUCUUCGCGAUGUUCAUGUGGUCGUACUACCAGACCAUCUUCACGGGCAUCGGCACGGUGCCGCCCAAGUUCCGUAUUCCCGCCAGUGAGCUGGAGAAGCUGAACCGCGCCGAGAGCGAGGAGACGCAGAAAAGGAUCCUCGAGGCCUUCGCCAGGGAGCUUCCGGUGGUCAACAGGACCAUCACGGGUGCCGUGCGCACGUGCGAGAAGUGCCAGCACGUGAAGCCCGACCGAUGCCACCACUGCAGCGUGUGCGGGGUUUGUGUGCUCAAGAUGGAUCAUCACUGCCCGUGGGUUGGCAAUUGCAUCGGCUUCACGAACUACAAGUUCUUCAUCCUAUUCCUGGGCUACGCGCUGGCCUUCUGUCUGUACGUCGCGCUCUCGUCGCUACCUUACUUCCUGCAGUUCUGGCAGGGUGAACUGGAGGGCGGCAUGGGGAGGUUCCACAUUGUGUUCCUCUUCUUUAUCGCCGCCAUGUUCGCCGUGAGUCUGGUGAGCCUGUUCGUGUACCACAUCUACCUGGUUACACUCAAUCGUACCACGCUGGAGGCCUUCCGGGCGCCCAUCUUCCGCGGCACGGGUCCGGACAAGAACGGCUUCAGCCUGGGACGCCUCAGCAACUUCCAAGAGGUGUUCGGCGACCAGAAAGUGCUCUGGUUCCUACCCAUCUUCACCAGUUUGGGCGACGGAUUGGAGUAUCCAAUUCAAGCGCAGCACCAGCGAACGCAUCCCUCCACGUCCUACGCAUCCAUGGGCGAGACGUCAACAAGCGUCGGCGACGGCGUCUCGUAUCCCAUUCGCUGCAUGGAGGACGAAGAGGACACGGAGUCGCUGUUGGGCGCCGAUUCGCGACAAGAGUUUGAGAUUUUCUCACGGACUGAAUUGGGCGAAGGCGAUGAGAUUCACUGAGUCGCAGCUUCUCGCACUCUUCCUGACAGAGAGACACAAAUUUAUGAGAACGAUAGAUUUAGGAGCUAGUUUUAGGCGAGAUGCGAUUUGUACAUAAAAGGGCAGGGAUAUCAACUGUAUAUUCCGUGUGAUUGCGAGAUUGAUAUGGGAUGAAAAAGAGCGCGUAUUUUUAUCAACUUCUCUGCCCGCGCGCGAGUGAAAUCGCGCCGGGAGAAAAUUUAAUUGCUUUAACUCCUUUGAAUGAUGUUAGCAUUUAUCGAUGCAUUCCAAAUGGUUCAAUAUUUGGCGUGAAAAAUAAAGAAAAUGACGAAGAAACAUACUCUCUCUCUCUCUC